AUGAAGACGACGCAAGCGGUGGAGGCUCUCGCUCAUGAGACGAUGAUGAUGCUGCCGGUGGAUGAAACAAAGGCUGUAGACAAGGAACAAGAGAUAACUCUCAAGAAGAGCGUUCCGUCAGACUCUGACAAGGUGCCAAAGGUCUUGGGAAAACGGAAAUCAUCGGAAAUGAUGGCGCAGGUUGAACAGGCGACAAACGCGAUCCAACCCAUGAAGAAACCAAGAGCAGAAACAUACAUUGUACCGCCCUCAGCAGGCCAACAACAACUUGGAGAGGACACUCAGCAUGACACAGAGAACGGCAAGCAGCGUUACGAUUGGGAAGAAAUGUUUGAAUCAUCGCGUCGCACCAAGCUCGAAGCCAAAAAGUUCCUUGCGGAUUCGAUGGAAAAACUAAGAAAGUUUAGAGAAAAGCGAAAGCAGGAAGAAGAAGAAAAAAUGAAGAAGAAGAAACCGAAGAAAGCGCCGGCUCGACAAACGGAUGCAAGUUUCAAGAGACGAGACGGACUCCUUAAGGAGGCAGCAAAACAGAGCAAACAAAGAGCAGCAAGGUUGAAGAAGACGGAUGAAGUGCUAAAGAAGUCCGCUGAACUGCAAAAGGAAUCUGAAGAACGGCGAAAGAAAUACGAAGCAAAGAGAAAGGAACAAGAGAUGAAAUGGAAGGAACGCCAAGAGAUGGAGCGUGUUAGAGCCAGUGAACGGGAGGUUUAUUGGAGGGCUAAACGGGAAGCUCAAAUGACGGAACACCGCCAACGCAUGCACGAAAUGGAAGAGAAUAUUAAGUAUCAUCGAGAAUUGUGCAAAAAGCGCAUGGCAGAGGCGAAGGCGUCUGAGGAGCGAUCCAGGGUGAUUGAAAACAAACUCCGGGAUUUUCAUUCAGCUAUCGCUGCAGCCUGUGAAGGCGGAGAUAUUGAGUAA